AUGGACAUCAACGAGGACAGACGCAGGGAGAAGAGGCAGACCUUCCCUGGUGCCUUCCCAUCAACAACCAAGCCCCCAAACGACAAUGUCCAGUCUCCUCCACCAGCUCUCACAUCCGGCAGACCCUCGACUAUCCACCGCAAUUCCACAAUUAGCAUCAACAGAAUGCCAAAAAUCCUAGAGGACGAGAACUCCAUGUUCACGGAUGUCAAACGACGGUCGAGGAUAUCCAGCGUAGGCCCAUACUACCGGUACGGAGAGGAUUAUAUCACAUCGUGGGACCUUGUCGGGGUAGCGCAGUCGCCCACCCCACGAGCGCCGUCGCGGCAGAGCACGUUCAGCUCGAGGGCGACGAACAGCGGGGACCUGCCGGAUAUCGAAGCGGGGAUAGACGAGAAACUAACCCAGGUCCGGGAUGAGGCCUGGGUAGCCAGGCUGGGAGGUUGGCGCCGGAUUUUGACUCUCCUGCUGCUGGUGGCGGCCUCUGCCGUGGGUCUCGCAGUGGGAGAAGCGCCAUUUCGGUUCUCCUCGUGGACCUCCGACACCUCCCUCUCAAGUCCACAAUCCUCUCUUGGGAGACAACCUCCCUGGCAUGGCGCCGUUUCUGCCGCAAAUUCUGUUACGCCAGCAUUCAGCGCUAUGAAUAUUGCCUUCCGCAACGCAAGGCAGGUCGCUGGUCCGGACAGCUCGCAGACCUUGUUGCAGUGCGGAUUCGUCAAAAACACAGCCGUGCCGCUCGACCCGUUCGACGUCCUAAAGGCGCAACCUCAGCGAGACUGA